AUGGCUGGCAAGCUGACAGAAAAGAUGGGGGCGAAAGGUGCUGCCAUCAAGCAGGCCUUUACGUCAUCCCAGGCCAUGGUGAAGUACCUCGAGGCUCCGUUGAUGCCAGGUGACGAAGACAAUAAGGAAAACCGCCGGUGGACAAAUCGCGAUCUCGCACCUUCGCCCCCAGAGGAUCGCAAAUGGAAUCAGUGGACUUUCCUGGCCUUUUGGACCGCUCAUGCCGCUGGUGCUGGUGCCUGGGUUGCCGGCUCAAGCCUAAUCUCGGUCGGCCUCGAGCCCCUGAGCGCAUACUUGUGCUUGGCAACCUCCCACAUCCUCAUCACCGGGUUCAUUGUUCUCAAUGGCCGAGCAUCAUCGCGCUACCAUAUUGGGUUCCCGGUCUUCUCGCGCUCCGUCUUUGGCAUGUGGGGGUCCUACAUGGUCAUCGCCAUGCGUGCCAUCGUGUGCAUCAUCUGGAACGGCACAAACUCUUAUUACGGAGGCCGGUGCAUUACCGUCGCCCUCACAGCCAUCUGGCCACAGUACACCGCCAUACCGAACGUGUUGCCGGCAUCGGCUGGUAUCUCUGCUCCCGAUCUGCUCUCAUUCUUUAUCUUCAUGAUCGUCUUCAUCGCCAUUUCCUUCGUGCAUUCGCGAGACCUGCACUGGUUCUAUGUGGGCAAAUCAAUCUUUGUCUUCGCCGCAAUGCACGCGAUCCUCAUCUGGUACCUCGUCAGAGCCCAGGGGGUGUCGUGGACUACUCUCGCCAACUCGGAGCCCGUCACGGGGUCCGCCCACGUCUGGCUUGUGCUGCGUGCAUUCAAUACUGGUCUCGGCGCGGCAUCGUCGCUUGCGGUCAACCAGGGUGACAUGACGAGAUAUGCCAAAAAGCCAAGUGACGCCAUUUGGACGACACUCAUUGGCUAUCCCAUCGCAUCUGCCCUCCCCUGCUUGUACGGUAUCCUCGUUGCUGCCGCGGCGAAGAAGUUGACCGGCACGGCAUACUGGAACAUGUGGGAUGUGCUGAAGUACAUGCUCGAGCAGUAUCCCGACAACCACGGUGCUCGAUUCGGCAUCUUCCUUUGCGCCGUCGCCACGGCAUUGGCCUAUCUCGCUGUCAACCUCGCCACCAACUCCCUGCCCUUCGGCUCCGACCUCAGCGCGAUAUUCCCGCGAUGGAUGACAAUUCGCCGUGGUCAGGUCCUCUGUACUGUUCUUGGCAUCACCAUCGUGCCUUGGAAACUGCUCAACUCUGCCCAGGCUUUCUUGACCUUCUUGAGUGGCUACGGCUACUGGCUCGCCCCUAUCGCGGCCUGCAUGACGGUCGACUACUACCUUAUCAAGCGCGGCAACCUGCGCAUGAGCGACCUCUACCAGGGAAACUCGUCCUCGCGCUACUGGUACACUCGCGGUUUUAACCUGCGCGGAAUCGCCGUAGUCAUCCUUGCUCUGCUCCCCUGCCUGCCGUCGUUCGCGGCGCAGAUUGCGCCUGACAGGCUCGGCCUGACGGGCACGGCGUACAACUUCUUCUACAUCUCGUUCACGUUUACCUGGUUCUGCGCUGCGGCAAUGUACUAUGUUGCGUGUCUGAUCUGGCCUGAGAAGGGGCCCGAGGCUCAAGCGGACAAGACCUUGGAAUGGGAGCAGUUGGCCGACGAGGGCGACGAGGAGGAGCGGGCUAUGACAACAAUGGCUGUGACGGAGGAGGGGGCCCAGCCUUCGACUUCGGCGGAUAGCCAACACAGCGGAGAGAAGAAUGUCUCCAAGGUCGAGCUGAUGUAG